CGUCAGUCAGUAAGAAUCCUGUGAAGCAGUACGCUUUGGUGGCCAGAAUUUUGAAGAAGCCCCUAAGUGAAAGCGGCAUACCACGUGGACACACGAGAUUCAGGAGUCGUCAGUAGAACACACGCCACUUCGCUGACUCAAACGGACGCGACAUAGACGUCCCCAACCACAGCCACAACUCCUAGUGCCCUCGCCGCACCUGGACACCAAACGACCCGUGGCCUGAAGCCUGGCUGGACGUUUGGAAAAUCAGCACAGCUAAUCCACCGAAAGGACAGAACGCAACGUCUGGGACACACGUGUGAAAUAGACUGGUCUACAGGACACUUAGGUGAUCCACCGUGUGCAACCUCCCAACCUUGGGGGCCGCAUGUAACUUUCGCUGUCCUGUUUUACCGUGUCAACCUGAAAACCCUGUGAACUUGAUCUACUCGAGUCUUAAUUUCUCUAGAAAUCCUUCGUAUCACGUCUUAGCUAUUCUUCUUGGUCUAGGCAGAACUUAGAUUUGAUACCGCGAGCCUUCCGAAUUCUAUUAGAUAAAAAGACGUACCCAAAGUGAAUUCUAUAGGUCGAAGAUGGCCUCCUCGGUGGAAGUGCUACUCUGGGCUCUGUCUCUGAUGCUAGCAGCGACUGGCUAUGCCCAUGGAGUUCGUGCCUGCGACAGUGACAGCCAAACCAUGAGAUGUUCGUGCAGUAGUGGCCUCACUGGCGGAGUAACGGUCGAUUGCGUCGGCGAAGGACUCGAAGAGGUGCCCGACGGAAUACCUCCGAGAACCACGAUAUUGCAACUGAAUGACAACAGCAUCCGUGCUCUUCCAAGAAACAGAUUCUCGCGUUUUCCAGACCUAACCAGACUAUACAUUGACCACAACGGGCUAAGCGACAUUCGGACUGGGGCGUUCUAUCAUUUAAACCUCCUCGAUCUACUGUCUCUUCAAUACAACAAAUUGACAAGCUUGCCGUGUUCAGAAUUCUCCUCUCUUCCAAAUCUGCGAAGACUCAAAUUCUCGGGCAAUCCCAUCAGCUCUAUUCCUGACAACUGCUUCGACGACUUGGUGAACCUGGAGAGACUUUAUCUACAAAACAUGCGUCUCCGUACUAUCAGCCACGUGCCUUUCCAGAGGCUGUCUAACCUCAGACACUUGGAUAUCUCAGGAAACAGACUUAGCACGCUGCCGCCGGCGUUUUGCAACCAAGGACAGAACCUGAUUCCCAGCAUAAGUCUGGACGCCAACCCGUGGGUGUGCGAUUGUGAAAUGAUCCCCAUCAGGUCGUGUAGUAAUGUCAGCAGUGCCAUCACAUGCGCCAUGCCGAGUACGCUACGCGGUCUCACGAUGGGAACCGUGUCGUCGGAACGGAUGGGGUGCUCGUCUACUCCCAUAACAGUCGACCCUAGCGAGACCGUGGCGACGGCCGGCCAGGCCGUGCACAUCACGUGCCAAGCGGACGGUGUAGAAAAGCGUGACGUGACGUGGUGGAAGAUGUCCAAAUCCAUCGGCGUCGAACUGUUUCGGAACGGCCGCAUGUUGGCGUUUGAAAGCGUCAAGCCCGAGAACGCCGGCAUAUACAUGUGCGAGGCUUUGACCUCCUGGGCGGUCGCAUCUCUGGUGGUCCUUCCCGCUCCUCCGACGACCGCAAGGCCCUCGACCACAGUUCAGACGACUGUAACUCCGACAAAGAAGACAUCGUUGCCCGCUAACCCUUUCGGCGGGCCUACGAGCACUGAUGCCCCGUCUCCGACACGGGCAUCGUCCAAAAACAACACACCUCUACCUAAUGCUGGUGGGCCCUUGGGCGGCGGUACUACUACAGUGACUAACACGCCGAAGCAGGUCAGCAAGAAGGGAAACUUGGAAGGCGGAGGUUCGGGACAGUUUGACUGGAAGAUGGUGGCGGCGGCGGCAGGGGGUGCUAUCGUCACGCUGCUGAUAAUCGGCGGGGUGUGUUACGUGUGGAACCAGCGGCGGUGGAAGAAGAGCCUGCAGAAGUACGAAGGCCCGGUCCCGCUGGGUGACCUGGAGUCCGCCCAUGACGACGACAGCGACAGCGUGCGUUCCGCCCGCUCCAAUCGCUCCAAUCGAUCAAAUCGUUCCAAGUCCAGCAACUCCAUACCGGUUCGCAAACCCCCUCGGGCCAUCCCCGACCAGAUCGACGAUUCUAACCAAGAGGACAUUGACCUUUACGUCGACAUGGAAAACGCGCCACCGCGUAGAAGCGGCAGGAGACCGGCAGGGUCCAGAGCUAACACGGCGAGAAGGCACGGCUCCAACCUGGCCGUGAACAACCCUUCGCGGAGGGGCAGCCGUACAAGCCUGGCUAGCAGGGCUUCUAGCCGGGCGUCCAGUCGGGGACCCACCAGGGGCAACCCGUCCGCUCGUAGGCCCAGGAGCGGGUACACGUCUGCGGACUCGGCGAGGGCGUCGCGCCGUAGGGACGACCUCAUGCCCUCCCAGAGGGUUGUCAUCGAAGUCGACGACUACGACGAAGACGACUACCAGGACACCCCCGACGGCACCCCCGUCAACCCGCGCCGCGCCAACAUGAAGUCCCCUCUAGUCGGGGUGAAAAGAGGCACCAUGAGCCGGUCCAGGAGUUCCGAGAACGCGAGGCGAGCAGCCUACAACGGUGACCGGGAAAUAGACAUAGACAGUGGGAAGGGGUCGUCUAAGGACAUUACCAUGCUAACGUCAGAUGAGGAUUACAACGGCAUCCAUUCAGACGUAUCUUUGACCAAGGGCAGGAGAAAGAGGCCCAUGGAAUUCGACGGACGUAGGCAUAGCGAUAUGGUGUACUGAAAUCGGUGACAUGGUACUUUUUACAUCACAAUGUACAUGAUGUUCUGUUGGAAAUAAUAUUGCCAAACAUAUACUUAUUGUAGAUAUAUAACAUUUUGGUGUACCUGUCCUAGACUCGGUAAUGUGAAAAUUUGUAACGGAGAAUUCGAAAGUAUUGUAAAGUUUUAUGAAAGGAGCUUUAAAAUCUUUUGGAAAUGACCUGAGACAUGCUAUCUUUUGAAUAGCAUAGGAACUGAUGUGAAUAGCCUAUGUCCUCUUUUGCAAGAAUAAUUAAUUUGUAUAUAUUCUUGGUUUCAUUUAUAUUGCAGGGUCAGGAAAAACAGAUUUAAUUUUACUCCCUGCUAAAGCAUUACGGGAUAGAAGCUAGUACUUCAAAAUAAAAUUAUAUUUAUAAUUGCUUAUAAACUAUUGGGUUUAUCCAUGUAGAUUAUGAGGCACUGUUUAUAUCUAUAUGUAUAAUAUGCAGCAUUACUUUGUAGAACGUUUCUGCAAAUAUUUAUCAAGUCAUAGAAAAUUGAUUAUAAUGGCAUCAUCAAAUAUAACUAUAUCAUACUAUGUCAGAAAGUAGUUAAAAUAUUACAGUUGCCAUUAUUUCAUUUAAGUAUGUUUAAGUGUGGUAUUAUAAUGAUUUAAUCAACGUCGUUAUAACUUGGGACACUGGUUCUCAAAAAUUCUGAAUUCUAACUUCAACAUCUCAAAACACCCCGUAAACAUAUAAGAGGACGGGCCUUGUCUGUACUAUAGAGCUUAGACAUUGCCCUCGCCUCUUCCAAUAGGAUACCUGCUAUCUUUCCAAGUACUUCGGACAACUGUAUUACAUUGUCUUCUAUAUAAUUCUAGCAUAUACCUUCAUUUUAAGGGGAAUAAACCUUACAA